AACAAUCUGUGAAUGCAGCAUCCUAUUCUGUUUGUGUGAUACAUUAUUUGUGGCAAAAUGGAGAUGUAUUGGAAAUCUGUGCUGGUUUUAACGGUAUUACUGAUGACAGAAGGUGAGUGUUUGUCAUCAGACCUUGAUUCCCUGCAGAGAGAGUAUGCAGAAUGGAGAUUACAGAGGUCUCCCGAGUAUUCUACGGAUAUUGGUAUAUACAAAUUCAACGACAGGCUGGAAAAUUUCGCAUUCUCGGGAUUCGAAGAAAAUUUUAACAAAUCUUUAGACCUUCUAAAUCGUUUGAAGAGCAUUGAAUACAACAAACUAUCACCGAAACAACAGACAGAUUUUGAUGUGUUGAAUGAUACAUUAAUGACAGUUGUUCGAGGAUAUGACUGGCGAGAAUACAGCGCUUUGAAUCCAGUAAAUUUCCUAGAAGGUCCCCAAGUUGAUCCAUCUGAACUGCCGAAAAUAACGCCAUUCGACACCAUAGGUGACUAUGAAAACUACAUCAGACGACUACAACUGUUCCCAAAGCAGAUUGAUGAAAUGAUAUCAAGAUUUGAGACAGCAAUAGAAAAGAAGCACACGUAUCAUAAUGUAUCAGUGAACAGAGUUCCAGCGCAGAUAGAUCGCAUUCUUGAAGGCGUAAAUGUUACAACCUUUCCUUUCUACGAACCUUUUUUGGAUCAAUUGACAAACCAUACAACGAUACAAGAAUCCAGAAAGACGAAAAUGCGACAGAGAGUUAAACCAGUAAUCAAGUUAAUUAUCCAAAAAUAUCGCAGUUUAAAGACAUUUCUUCAAGAUGUGUACUUUCAUAAUCUCAGAACUAAUGUUGGGGUAAGUAGCUGGGACAGAGGGAGAGAAUUCUAUAAAGAAUGUCUAAGAUGGUACCUUUCAUUGGAUUUAUCACCUGAAGAAGUACAUUCCAUAGGAUUAAGAGAGGUGGAAAGAAUUUAUAUGGAAAUGAAAAAGGUCAUGAUGAAACUUAACCACCAAGGCUCUGUGAAAGAAUUUUUUGAUAAAGUAAAAGCAGAUCCCCGGUUCUUUUUACAAAGCGGGGAUGAAGUUAUUGAAUGGUACAAGAACGCAAUUGAAAAAGAAAUCAAACCAAAAUUACCAACUUUGUUUAAAAAUCUUCCAGACUUACCAUUAGUUGUGAAACCAAAUCCAGUUGAUGGAAUUUUUGGACAGUAUUUUGCAGGGCCUUCAGAUGGAUCCCGGCCAGGAGUGUUUCAAGUCAAUGUUCAUCAUCCUAAAAAAUUACCAACAAUUGAUUUUAUGGCUUUGGCUCUCCAUGAAGCUAAUCCAGGUCAUCAUAUGCAGAUUUCUAUUGCAUCUUCCGCUAAACUCCCCAAAUACAGAAAACUUAGGGAUGGUUACUACUACUCGCCUCCAACAAUUCCCCCCGUACAUUCCGCGUUUACAGAGGGAUGGGCAUUGUAUGCUGAAUCCUUGGGUGAGGAUAUGCAGUUGUACAAGACAGAUUAUGAACUCCUGGGAAGAUACGGAAUGGAAAUGUUUAGAGCCUGCCGCCUUGUUGUCGAUACGGGAUUGCAUAAUUUCAACUGGACAAGAGAAGAGGCAAUACAAUAUCUUUUGAAUUAUACUGCAUUUGAUGAGACUAAGAUAAACGUCGAAGUUGAUCGAUACAUAACAUGGCCAGGUCAAGCAUGCACAUACAAGAUCGGCGAGCUGAAAAUAAAAGAAUUACGCGCUAAAGCCAAAGAAGAAUUAGAUUCAAAAUUUGACAUCAGAGAUUUCCAUUCCACUGUUUUGAAAGAAGGCGCCCUUCCUCUCCAUAUUCUAGAGAAGAAUGUCAAUCAUUGGAUUGCAAAAACAAAGGAAAAAGCACGAGAAACAACAAAUCAGUGCACUUCGGGUGGAUUCAGAAUAAAUACUUACUUUAAAAUAUUUCUGAUUAUUUACAUCAUCAUUUUCUAUUAGAAAGUAUAGAAUCAGGUAUGUGAUGUAUAUCAUUAAUAUAAUUGUACUUUUCAAUUGAUGGUUUCAGUGUAUGAAAUACCCGUUAUAUUUAUUUAAAUAUCCAAUAGUUGUAUUCAUUUCUUCAUUAUUCGAAUACAUGUAUAUUUAUUGUGCUUUUAAAUGAUUUGAAGUGAAUAAAUAAGUCGUAGCUGCUUUGUUAUUAAA